AUGCCGCUGCCGACGACACAUCCAGCGCCCUCCCUCAAAUCACACCCCUCAAAAAGGCCCGACCGCCAAAAGAAGAGAACGAUGAAAAGCGACUCCGACGGUCCCUUCCGCCCUAAACCCCCUCAAUCCUUUCACGAAAUCUACCAGCGCGCCUCCACCCAGCGCUUCUACGUGUUAUCACGCACUCGACACGACAACUGCGACGAUGAUGCCGGUUUCCCGGGGGAGAAGAUCGAACUGACGGGCUCGACGGGCAACAUCUACACCGUGAUUAUCACGCGGAAGCCGCGGUGCGACUGCCCGCACGCGCGCUCCGGCAAGCAGUGCAAGCACGUGGUGUACGUGCUCGCGCGCGUGCUGCGCGCCCGCUACGAACUCGUCUACCAGCUCGCGCUGCUCGGCAGCGAGCUGAGGGAGAUCUUUGCCAAUGCCCCGUUGUCGUCAUCCCUAGCGGGGGAUGACUGCGAUGGAGGUGGAGGUGGAAGUGGUGGGGGAAACCGGAAGCCGGUCGAGGGCGACUGCCCCAUCUGCUUCUGCGAGAUGGAGGUUGCCGGCUCCGGCGCAGAGGCGAUUGUGUGGUGUCGCGCGGCGUGUGGGCAGAAUGUCCACAAGGGGUGUUUCGAGACGUGGGCGGCCACGAAGAGGCGGCAAGGAGAAGGGGAGGUGACGUGUCCUUAUUGUAGGAGCGUCUGGCAGGGGGAUGAGGACAUGGUGAAGAAGAUUGAGAAGACAGGGAAGCUGAAUGAGGAAGGGUACGUCAAUGUGGCGGACCAGCUGGGUAUCAGCACGCAAAGAGAUUACAGCUCAUACUCGAGAUGGUGGUCCGGCCACCCGUCUAGCUAUCGCACGGAUUACUGA